UGAUAUUAUGAAUUUUCAUUUUAUUUAUUUAUUUGUUUUUUGGACAAAUAAUUUUCAUUUUAUUUUGCAGAAACUUUUACUAUAAAUAUUCGAUGGCAAUAGUAGUUGUCUUCAUUCAAAGAUAUGAAGAAACUAAUAAAAGGAAAAAAUAUAUAGGUAAAGUAAACAGAAGAUUCUUUCCUUCUCGUAAAAGAAAGAAACAAGACCAAAAAAGCCACUCGUCGACUUUUAUUACAAAACCUUCGAUCUCCACCUUCACUUCUUCCUCUACUACUUGUUCGUGUAAGACCAAUAUGGAAGACUUCAGAUCCAGAUCGUACGGUGACGGUAGAACAUCAGACCGGAGAUCCGACGGUCCAGGUUCACUCGGUGGUAAUGGUAUGCAAGAUCUCAGGUCUUACAGCACUUCCUACACCGAUCACCCGACCCGGAUACCCGAAGAUAACCCGAAUCUGAAGAAAGGAAAAUCGUCAUCUUCUUCAUGGGGAUUUGUGGAUCCAGAUAUAAAGAGGAAGAAAAGAGUUGUGAGUUACAGAGCUUACACUGUUGAAGGUAAGCUUAAAGGCUCUUUCAGAAAAAGCUUCAAGUGGGUUAAAGAUAAAUGCAGCAAGUUGCUCAACUAAGCAAAUCUGCUUAAGACAAUCAAACUUUUUGUGGGUUUAAUAUGUUAAGCUCGACGGUUUCCAUUUAGUUUAUACUACCUUUAUAUCAUUUUUUGUCUGUGUGUGGGUGUGUUCGGAUCUCUUAAGUUGUGGUUGUGAUUGUGUAGCAAAAGAAAAUUAAAAAUAAUAUAGAUAUGCUAUUAUAGAUGAAUUCUGUAGAUUGAAAGUGAUAUGAGUGAGUGAUUAUUAAGUUUUUGACAUA